ACAUCUCAAGAAUCACUCUCACAACGAUUCCUAUUCGGUGGUCUAUCAUGCAUGGCUGCUGCUUGUGUAACCAACCCAAUAGAUGUGAUAAAGACAAGACUUCAGCUACAGGGUGAACUUGCAAAGAAAGCUGCAUCUACUACGACUGCGGCCACACUUCGUACAAUCAAUCAAGAAGGUGUACGUGGAUUAUACAAAGGAUUGGCACCAUCAUUGUUGAGAGAGGCUACUUAUUCAACAUUGAGAAUGGGUGGCUAUGAUAUGAUCAAGGUGUACUUUGUCGAUAAGGAUGGUAAGACAUCGUUGCCAUCAAAGAUCAUCUCGGGCUGCAUAUCUGGAGGUGUUGGCGCAUGCAUUGCCAACCCAACCGAUUUGAUCAAAGUCAGGAUGCAAGCACAGUCCACGGUUGGCGGACAUAGAUACACAUCAAUGCGACAGGCCUUCACCGACGUCAUCCAGAAAGAGGGCAUCCGAGGCCUAUACAAGGGCGUUGGACCAACUACCCAGCGUGCCGCGCUGCUCACAGCCAGUCAACUGGCCAGCUACGAUCAAUUCAAACACAGCCUUAUCGAUCAUGGCUUGGUGCCUGGCGAGGGCCUGCAAGCACACGUGUCGGCAUCGUUGCUGGCCGGCUUUGUCGCGGCCGUCGUCACAUCGCCUGUCGACGUGAUCAAGACACGCAUCAUGAAUCAACCAUUCGACGCAUCAGGUCAUGGCACAAUGUAUCGCUCCACACUGGAUUGUCUGACAAAGACCCUGCAGACUGAGGGCCUUCAUGGCCUCUACAAAGGAUUCAUUCCAAACUGGCUACGCAUUGGUCCACACACACUCGUCACCUUUAUAUUCUACGAGAACCUUCGAAAGCUUGGCGGUAUCUCGCCAGUCUGA